UGGGUUCCGCCUCGCCUUUUGUUUGCUGUUUCGACCGACUCUCCAUUUAAAUUCAUCGAACACCGCAGUAGGACGCGGACUUGUUUUCAGAUGGCUGCGUCUGUUCUACAGUGGAUCCGGGCUGUUCUAUCCGACCAGACUUGCAUCCUUCUUCUCACUUUCCUGGUGCUGCUGGGUUGGUACAGUAUUUCACCAUAUGGGUUUUUUAAAUGGCUUGGAAUUCCGGGGCCAAGGCCACUGCCAUUCAUUGGGACGUUCCUACAUUACAGAAAAGGUGUGUUUAAUUUUGAUAUGGAAUGCUACAAGAAGUAUGGAAUGACAUGGGGGAUUUAUGAUGGACGGCAGCCAGUUCUUUGCACCAUGGAUCUGGACCUGAUUAAGACUAUUCUCAUUAAGGAAUGCUACACUCUGUUCACCAACAGGAGAGACUUUGGUCUGAAUGGACCAUUGGAGGAAGCUGUUAGUAUUGUCCAAGAUGAGCAGUGGAAGAGAAUCCGAAAUGUGCUUUCACCAACAUUCACCAGUGGGAGACUGAAACAGAUGUGUUCACUAAUUAAUCACUACACAGAAAAUCUUGUGAAAAUUGCUAAAAAGAAGGCAAAGCUGAAUGAAGCUGUCAGUGUGAAGGAUUUAUUUGGACCGUAUGGCAUGGAUAUAAUCUCCAGUACCUCGUUCAGUGUGGAUGUUGACUCCAUCAACAACCCUGAUGACCCAGUUAUCGUCAAUAUUAAGAAACUUAUAAAAUUCUCUUUCUUCAACCCUGCACUUAUUUUGUCUUUGCUGAUUCCUGCUCUUACUCCAAUCCUGGCAAAAUUGCAAUUCAGCUUCUUCGAGAAAGAUGCGAGUGACUUUUUAAUGAGAACUCUGUUAGCUUUCAAGGCAAAGAGGCAAAAAGGUGAAAAUGCUCAUCGGAUGGAUUUUCUGCAGAUGAUGAUGGAUUCUCAAGCAACUGCCACUAACUCAGAGAAGAACAAUGGCAACAAUUCACCACACAAAGGUCUGACUGACUCAGAGAUUCUGGCACAGUCUAUGAUCUUUAUCUUGGCUGGGUAUGAGACCACCAGUACCACACUCUCGUACGUUGUAUACAAUCUGGCCAUGUAUCCGGAUGUGCAGAAGAAAUUGCAGCAGGCAAUAGACAAGACUUUUCCAAACAAAGCUCCUCCCACAUAUGAUGGUGUGAUGCAGCUGGAGUAUCUGGAAAUGGUGAUAUCUGAAACACUGAGGUUGUAUCCUCCUGCUCCCCGUUUGGAAAGAGUCUGCAAGAAAGAUGUCAAGCUCAAUGGGGUGACCAUUCCAAAGGACACUGUAGUUGUGGUGCCUGCUUAUGUCUUGCACCAUGAUCCAAAGUAUUGGCAAGAACCUGAAGAGUUCAGACCUGAGAGGUUCAGUGAAAAGGAAAGGGAGUCUCUGAAUCCUUGCACCUUCCUGCCAUUUGGGAUGGGUCCUCGGAACUGCAUUGGAAUGCGAUUUGCUCAACUUGUGAUCAAGAUGGCACUUGUUUUCCUCCUGCAGCACCUGACUUUUGUGCCAUGCAAUGAGACACCGAUCCCAUUGGAAAUUGAUGUGAAAGGACCCUUACAUCCUAAAAAACCCAUAAUUCUGAAAUGUGUGCCACGAAUGAACACUGAUUCAGAGGAGUAAAAGACUAGAAUGCAGUGGAGCUGUGAAAAUACUUAGGAGAUGUACAUCUCAUAGAGAUUUACACAACUCUAAAUAUUUGACUGGUGUCUUGUGAUGGGGGAAGCAAUUGAGAUUCACCAAGAUUAUAGAUAAAGUGUCUCCAUAUUUAAUUGCCAAGAGAGUCUUUGGUGAAUGAUUGUUGGAUACAAAAGAAAGUAACUAAUUAUUACAGUCUAAUCAAAAUUUCAACAUAGAUUGAGGUUCACUCCAAUAUCCAAUUAUUUUAGAUGCCUCUUAUAAUGUGCAAUUGAUGUUAUUUUUAUAAAUAGCUUGCAAGUAGUUCCUUAAACUUUUGUGAUUAACAGUAAAACAAAAAAAAAAGGUAUGCAUAGUAUCCUGUUUUGAAUGCUUGUGUCAAUUAAAAUUGGUCUACAAUU